AUGUCCAAGUUGUUGAAUAUAAAUUCGCUUUCGUUGGUGCAUUGCCUGGCGGCGUUGCUCUGUGUGGCGGCAUCGCUGCCGCAAAACCAAAAACAGCGACAACUAGUGCCGCUGCAGCUGCAGCCGCAGCAGCAGCAGCAAAUGACGUCGGCGCCAAUUGUGGCAGGCGGCACUCCAGCAUCAGCGCCAGUGCCAGUGCUAGUUCCAGAUCUUUUGAAUGCAACCGAUGCGCCAGCUGGCGACUCCUUCGAACAGCAGCAGCCACAAAAACAAGCAACAUUGCAGUUUCCACAUAUAACGGCAUUAGAUAAAGAAGUAGUUGAACGCCUGAUCAAGCAAUGGGCGCCGAUUGUGUGGCUGGCGCCGGAGGAGAAAUUCAUGCCGCUGGGCGUGGAGGAGUUCCUGCAGCACGUCCAUCCCAUGGACAAGGACAGUAGCUUUCGGCCCGGGGUCCCCUUCAGUGAGUACUCGACCAAGUCACAUCUGGUGACGAACGACGAGAUGCACGAUCUGCUGGGGAAUGAGCAGUCGUUUAUCUAUGGUAGGAAUCCCAAUGAGAAGCCAGUCCCCAUCUAUGGCGUGGUAACCAUGUGUCCGGGUAGGCGGGAGCCAGUGAUGGCUUCCAUUUCCACGCCUCCACUGGCCAGCACACGAGGCCCCUACAUUCCUGUCUCCAUUGAUCCCCUCGAGGAACGCAACGAGACCGUGAGGCGAUCCUCGCGCUUGUUCCCCCUCUUCCAGCGGGUUAAGAGAGAUGCAGAACACGACCUCAAUGAGUACGAGGAAUUGGUGAUGGUGGAGCCAUCUCAAACCGAUCCUCAGCCACAGCCACAGAUGGAGUUGGAGCCUGAACCUGAUAACAGCAUUCCCGUAAACAAUUUCAUCGCCAAUCUGGCGGAUAAUGUCAAGUUCAGUGGCGGAGCCGGUCCGGAGGAUAACCUGGAGGAGGAGAACAGCAUCGGGACGUCGCCCGAGCACGAGGUGAAUGCGGGACAGGGCAAGCUGCCAGGAUUCCACGUCACCUACUGGAUGUUCUAUCCCUACAGCCAGGGAAAGACCAUGUGCACUGUGAGUCUGGGUCCCCUCGGUCGGAUCCCCUUCCCAGCUGUCUACGGCUAUUGCCUGGGGCAUCGCAAGGAUAUCGGCAGCCACGUGGGCGACUGGGAACACAUGAGCCUCUACUUUAACGGGGAUGCCGAGCCCCAGGCCAUGUACGUAUCCGCGCACGAUGCGGGUGCCUUCUACAGCUACAACCGGCUAACGGGCUCCUUCGAGUUCCGACGCCAGGAGACGCGCAAGGGCAUCCUGCAGCGUCCAAAUUUUCCCAAAACUGUCACCACAUUCAAGAACCAUCCGGUUCUGUUCGCAGCGAAGGGUUCGCAUGGUCUCUGGACGGCCCCCGGUAAGCAUAGAUUCGUCAAAGUGGCUCGCCUCUAUGAUAUCAAUGGGUUCGGCACGCCCUGGAACACGUGGAAGUCUGUGGACAUAAGCUACGAGAACAUAAGAUCAUAUGGGCGUUCCCUUGUUCCUGAUUGGCUUACGUAUCGUGGGAAAUGGGGAAAUCCCAAGAGCAAGUGUCAUCCCUUUCGACGCAUCGGCCUCAACUUCUGCGAAUUCACGGACGGACCAACGGGCAUACCCCUGAAGGAACCCCACUUUCAAUGCGGUGCCGACUAUCACUGA